AGAAGAAGAAGACGGGCAAAGAAGAAGGGCAAAGAAGAAGAGCAAAGAAGAAGACAAAGAAGAAGAAGACGGGCAAAGAAGAAGGGCAAAGAAGAAGAGCAAAGAAGAAGAAGACGGGCAAAGAAGAAGGGCAAAGAAGAAGAAAGGCGAAGAAGAAGCGUGAAGAAGAACAAUGGGCGAAGAAGAAAGGCGAGGAAGAAGGGCAAAGGGUGA